AUGGAUACUUCGCCUCAAAAAUCUGAUGAUUCUUCUCCAUUCAUUUUUGCUAAUUCAAUCCUUCGACCAUCUAUUCUUUCUGGCCACCUUUCGGUUGCUGAUGCUGGAAUUAAGCCCUCAGAACCCGAGCCAUCGAGCACUCCAGCGAAACCCCUUGUCGAGGCUCCAAAAUUUACUUCUUCCCAUCAUGCUCAAACGUCUACAGAAACUAGUGGUAGUUGUGGCGAAUUUAUUUUCGGCAAAAAUAUGGGUUCGAGGGUCGUCAAUGCCAACCAAGGAGCAUCCGGAAGCAUUUGGCAAUCAUUGGCUUCAGAAUCUCAGGACAACGAUUCAAAGGAAUCCGUAGGCUCAGUGUUUACUACUCUUGCUAAAGCUGUGGCAAAGCAAUCAAAAGAGAAGGAACCAAACACAGAACUUUUGGAAGAAUCCGCAGUUGCGUUGGUUAAUAAACGCAAUGCGGAGCAGUUGUCUCUCACCUCUGAUAACAAUGGUGGACAACCGCAUGAAAUUUUGACAGGAGAAGAAAAUGAACACACAGUUCUUGAACUUACUUGUUCCGCCUAUGUUUUCAAUCGUGAAUCAAGACAAUGGAAAGCUAUAGGACAAAGUUAUCUGCAUUUAAAUGACUUUUCUGAAUGGGAUGAUAAUAACUCUUCACGCCUGAUUAUCCGUUUGCAGUCAACUAGGCGAGUUGUUGUGAACACGAGAGUUUGGGCAGAAAUGCCCCUGGCUUUCGUGCCUGAAAGCAAAGCUGUGCGAAUUGGUGCCCUUGCGUUGGCUGAAGCAGACGCGGAGAGUGGCGAGGUGAGCAAAGUUGGGACAGUUCGGACCUACAUGUUGAGAUUUGGUGGACUUGAUACUGCAAGAGAGCUCUAUGAUGCAUUGAUAAGACGCAGGGGGUCUGUGGAACUACAGGAACACGAGGUGGACUUGGGACAGAAGAGGGGAUAUUCAAUGCAAUCGAAUCCUGUGCCUGUGAAGGUCGUUAUUCAAUCUACAUCUCCACACUCUCAGGAUGUAUCAUUUUCCUCGCGGUCUGAAAAUGACGAUGCAGAAUCAGAUAAUGAGUCGCGUCAAUCAGAAGUAUCAACAGGAAAGGAGACCGAUCACAACAGUACCCUCUCUACUUCCAUUAACACAACAUCGGCUAAAAACUCCUCUGAAGUGACAGCCUUUAGCUUUCACUGCGAACGCGUUAUUCUCACCUCCACUUCGCAUCCUUGCAACAAAAAAACUGAGAUUGUAGCCACCUCAGACCCUUUAAAUAGUCUGAUAGUGAAUUUAGUCGACUUUCCAAUGGGCGGAACUUCAAUCAUCGAAGUGAGCAGUGGAAAUGGUGAGUUGCAGGUCACCACAAGUGUCAAUGAACGCCUCGCAUUCUGUCUAAACGGGGAGAAGGAGCUCCAAUUAUUCUACACAGCCCCUCAAAACACCGACGUCGAUGGUAGUAACUCUGAUGUUGAAGAGGGUAGUAGGAAAGUCUGCCAGAUCGUUUUGACCUCUAGGGGAGAUGCGGAGAAAUUAUAUCGAUCGGUACUCAUGCGUGUUGGGAGGCACUUCUUAACAGCGAUUGGUCUGCUCAAGGAAUGUGAAGGCGAGUUUUAUUUCCACAUUAGCAUGUCUAAAGUCGAUACGUCUUGUCGGUAG